ACCGGGCGUGACGUCAUGCCGACCGUGCUGGGGCUGGAGGGCUCCGCCAACAAGGUGGGGGCGGGGGUGGUGCGGGACGGCGCCGUCCUCAGCAACCGCCGCGCCACCUACGUCACGCCGCCGGGACACGGUGACGUCACUUCCCCCCCCCCGUCCCGUUCCCUCCCGGUUCGUCCCGGUGCUGAGCCCGGUGCUGCCCCCGCAGGGUUCGCCCCCGGCCCCACCGGGCGGCACCACCGGGCGGCGGUGCUGGGGCUGGUCCGGGACGCGCUGCGGGAGGCGGGAGUGGAGCCGCGGGAGCUGGACGGCGUGGCGUUCACCAAAGGCCCGGGCAUGGGCGCCCCGUUGUCGGUGGUGGCGGCCGUGGCGCGGACGCUGGCGCAGCUCUGGGGGUGCCCGCUGCUGGCCGUGAACCACUGCGUGGGGCACAUCGAGAUGGGGCGGCUGCUGGGCGGCGCGCCCGACCCGCUGGUGCUGUACGCCAGCGGGGGCAACACCCAGGUGAUCGCCUACGCCCGGCGCCGGUACCGGAUCCUGGGCGAGACCCUGGACGUGGCCCUGGGCAACUGCAUCGACCGCCUGGCCCGGCUGCUGCAGAUCCCCAACGCUCCCAGCCCCGGCUACAACGUGGAGCAGAUGGCCAAGAGGGGCCGCCGCCUGAUCCCGCUGCCCUACGUGGUCAAGGGCCUCGACGUCUCCUUCUCGGGGCUGCUCUCCCACCUGCAGGCCGUGACCCCGAAGCUGCUGCAGUCGGGGGAGGCGACCCCGGAGGAUCUCUGCUUCUCCCUGCAGGAGACGGCCUUCGCGGCGCUGGCCGAGGUCACCGAGCGGGCGCUGGCGCUGACCCGGGCCCGGCACCUGCUGCUCGUGGGGGGCGUGGCCUGUAACCACCGGCUGCAGGAGAUGAUGCGGGCGAUGUGCCGCGCCCGGGGGGCGGAGCUCUGCCCCGUGGACGACAGGUACUGCAUCGACAACGGCGCCAUGAUCGCCCAGGCCGGAUGGGAGAUGCUGCGGGCGGGGCAGGUCACCGAGCUCAGCCAAUCAGGGAUCACGCAGAGGUACCGGACGGACGAGGUGGAGGUGACCUGGAGGGAUUGAGGCGGCCACGCCCUUCAGAGGCCACACCCACCUAAUAAAAUAUUCACCGCCCCGCCCCAA